AGGUGUCGCUGUUAACAAGCAUUUCUGAUUCUUACAAACAGUCCCCUUUAAUAUACGAAUUAAAAAGAACUGGGGAAAAAAUUCCCCCUUGUCUGACACCAUUGCUUACCCCAAAUGAGGCUGAGACACUGUUGCCCCAUUUUACUUGCAUGGUCUGGUAAUAUUAUUUAUUAUUUCUAUGUUUAUAUUCUAGAGUGGGAGCAAAAUGUAACUCAGUUCCCCCCCAAGGGAUGAAUAAAGUAUUUCUGAUUCUGAUAUUUAUUUAUAGUUUCUCUUUAGUUAAUUUAGAAGUGUCCUUAAGUGACUUUGUGGGACUAACCGGAUGUGUGCGUGUGUGUGUGCAUGCAUUCGUAAAAAAAAAAAAAGGGAAGCACUCAGUCUCCGCCUAUUUCCAGCCUCACAACAGAUUUCAUGCUGUCUUCCAGGAAAAGGCUGACUGGAAGCGAAAGUCGUAUUGAAACAUCGACAUUUGCUGUGCAACUUCUUACAAACAGUGACAGGCAGACUGGACAGCAGACAACAGUCGGUAAGAGUCAAAGGAAAAGGUUGUGUCCUCAAGAACUCAACUCAAAGGACUCAGAGGUGGAUGAUCAGGAUGUUUCAAAGUUUGGACUUUUUCGUUUUAAGCUGCCUCUUUCUAACUGUUUCAUCCCAACAAGGCCAAAUCUUACCACCAAAAAAUGUGUCCCUGCAAUGGAUUGAUUUGUAUAUACACUUGUCCUGGGAACCACCACAACAUUCAAUGGAAAAUUGCACGUAUACUGUGAUCCUCCCCGAUGAGAAUGAAUAUGAUGUCAAAGGCCUUACCUCCAAGUUCUACGGUGUGAUGAAAAGAGGCUCUGGGCCAUUGAAGAUUAAAACUGUCUGUGGAGAGAGAAAUAGUGAGCCGUUUGAGGUCGACCUAUUUUACCCAGACCUGGUGGUGGGUUUGAAGUGCUACGUCCAUGCCACCAGACAAACUCAUUGCUCCUGGAACCAGGCCCCAGACAGACAUGCUGAUCUUCGGUUUUACUAUCGGGUAGUGCGUAGUGAUGGCUCUGUAUCUAUUUACGACAAGUCCGAUCCAAAAGUGCAAGAGUGCUCAUCGUACAAUGACAGCGACGGCGUCAGGAUUGGUUGUGAUCUGGAGGCGGACAACAGAGACGAAAUCCACAUCUUGAUUAAUGGAACGCUGAACAACACGCAUGUCUUGAACACCUACAACAUAAGGCCUUACGUGCAACCUCCUGCCCUUAACUGGACAGUCACUAAAACUGGGGGUAAAUUCCAUAUCAACUGGACUCUUCCUAACAUCAAUGUUAAGUGGAAGACUACAAUUAGAUACACCGAGUGUAAAGAAACGAAGUAUAAACAUUAUGAAAAAGGAGAAAUAUCAGCUGUGUUGGACGUGGUCUCUAACUGUCCGUACCGUAUGGCUAUAAGAACAAAGCAUUUGAUUCCAGAAGGACUUGAAUCACCAUGGAGUGAAGAGAAGUAUUUUGAAAAGGACACAAAUCUGUGGCCGUAUGCUACCAUUAUCAUCCCACUGAUGUUCGCUGGCCUGGCAGCCCUGAUUUUUGUGUGUUUCAGGAAGAAUAAGGACAUUAUUUUCCCCAAAGUACCAGAACCUCGGGACUUCCUCAGCGAUAUUUCUGACAACAACAAUAAGAUCAGUGUUCGCAACCUGUACGUCCCGGCAGAGGAAGAAGAAAACUGUAAAAUCACUCUGGUGGGAGAUCCCCAUAGCAACAUUCUGGACUGAUGACACAUCUCUGCAGCGGCAACACCUUGAAUCUGCAGAGUCUCCCAAAUUCUUGUUGUACUGAAUUAACAAGAAAAAUAGAGACUUAACUGUUUAACUGAUGAAUCCAGGAGUGC